UUGUAUUCGGAGUGUCAACUGUCAAGUGCUUUUAGGUUACUACUUUAAAAACCUACAAAUUUAUAUCAAUUUAUAUAAUUUCUAUAAAGAAAUAAAUAAAUUAUUUAACAAAAAUGUCAACACGAUGGUAUCCUAUAUACCAAAAAGGAAAUCCACAAUUAAGAGUAUUUUUACCAAAUUUUUGGAUGAAAUUAGUACGCCCUGAGGGCCGACAACAACCAAGCAAAGUAACAUUUCACUGUUCAAUUGAAAUGACAAAACACGACGUUAAAAACUAUAUAGAGAAAAUUUAUAAUGUCCCUGUAGUGGACGUAAAAACACGAAUUGCAAUGGGGAAAUUUCGGAAAGACAUUGGAAAGGGCUAUAUUGUAAAAGAUGACGAUGUAAAGUUUGCAUAUGUAACUUUGCCAAAAACGAUGAAAUUUGAUUUCCCCAAUAUAUUUGAGAAGAAAAAGGGUGAUGGUGAUGAUGAUAUGAAGUCAUUAGAUGAAGCCAAAAAGUCUUUUAAAAAUUACAUAGAACGUAACAAGGAUAGAUCCGAUGUCCCAAGCUGGUUUUCUAUAUAACACAUGAAAAAACUGUUAUACAAAUUAGUUGUAAUUAGAUUCUAUAAUAUUUAUAAUAAAGGAAUAUGAUGAAA